CCUUGGAACACUUUCGAAAGACAGUCUCCGAUCCAUUCAGAGUCUCUACGGCCUCCUCCCUCAGAUCACUCGAUCGUCCCAGUACAUCGGGAUUUUCCGCUCUUAUUCCCCGUUACCGUUAACCCUUCUACCGGCGUUUUGACGGAAACCGUUAAGCCUCCGUUCACAACGAGGAUGAUCCACGAGGGGCAACAGUCAUCGCUUCUCGCGAUACGCCAAAGGGAAGAGGAGGCGAUGACGCGUGCCAUUCUCGCGGUGUUAACGGCGCCGUCAAAUGUUCUGUCGACGUCAACGUCUUCUUCUCCGAAGAAGGUUAUCCCGAGGGCAAGUGCGUUCAAGAGGUACUCCACCGGCGUUAGCGUUAGCGGUGCGUCGAGAUUGAGGAAGCAGAUUAAUAUGACGAAAAGGGCGAUCGCGUUUUAUCGUGGGCUUGACGUUAUAAGGCGAGAGCGUUUGGAUAUGGGGGGCAGUCCAACCGCGACACAGUUGCAUCACAUGAUAACGGAGAGGAAACGCCGUGAGAAACUCAACGAGAGCUUCCAAGCCUUGAGACUUCUCCUUCCUCCGACUACUAAGAAAGACAAAGCCUCACUGCUAGAAGGCGCGAGAGAACAAAUAACUCGUCUUCAAUCAGAGGUUUCGAGGCUUAAGGAGAGAAAUCGAGAGCUUGGGGCGGAAUUCGUGGGAGAAAGAGAGAUGGAAAGUCUCGGAAAAGGUCAGAGAUUGACCGUUGGGAUCAAAAGAAGAGAGAAGACUGCGGGAUUAAGAGUGGUUGUGAGAGGAGAAAAUGUUAGCGUUGAUGAUUUGAUCAUAAGAUUGAUAGAGUUCUUGAAGCGUGUAAGCAAUGUGAGCUUAGUUUCCAUUGAAGCUCGAACUCUAACUCAAGAAGGUGGCGAUUCAUCUCCUCUUCUGCUUCUGAGCUUAGGGCUCAUGAUUGAGGGAGAAUGGGACGAAUCGGCCUUACAGGAAGCCGUCAGAAGAGUGAUUGCUGACGUGGCUGACUGACAAGUUUGAUUAUUUCCUAACCAAAUAACAUAAAGUUUAAUGUUAGUUUUUUGUUACCUUCCACGGUUAAUAUAAUGCGCGUUGCGCGGUCGGUAAAUAUUAAUUUUAAAAUAAA